GGCUGCUGUGAGUCAUCGGCCGGAAGCCCUGCCCGAAAUCAAAGCGGCCGAAAGCAUCCGAGAUGGACCCGCAGCCGCGGCGGCAGGAGCAGGAGCAGCAGCCGCAGCGGGAAUCUCCCAGACCUUUCCCGAUGGAUGAUCUCGAAGGAGCCAAUGGCGCUUUUGCCAUCAACUUAUUUAAAAUGUUGGGCGAAGAGGACAGUUCGCAGAAUGUGUUCUUCUCUCCCCUGAGCAUGUCCUCGGCCCUGGCCAUGGUCUUCAUGGGAGCCAAAGGAGACACUGCAGCCCAGAUGUCCCAGGCACUUUGUCUGGACAGAGGUGGAGCUGUCCAUCAGGGCUUCCAGGAGCUUCUCUCCCACGUUAACAGAGCUGAUUCUCAGUACUUGCUCAGAACUGCCAACAGACUCUUUGGAGAAAAGACCUGUGAUUUCCUUCCGGCCUUCAAGGAGUCCUGCCAGACGUUCUACCAGGCCGAGCUGGAGGAGCUGUCCUUUGCUAAGGACACGGAGGAAUGCAGGAAGCACAUCAACGACUGGGUGUCGGAGAAGACUGAAGGGAAGAUUCCAGAGAUUCUGGGUGUUGGCACCGUCGAUCCGCUGACCAAGCUGGUUCUGGUGAAUGCGAUCUACUUCAAAGGCUGGUGGAAGGAGCAGUUCGACCGGAAGCACACAAGAGGGAUGCCCUUCAAGGCCAGCCAGGAACAAAAGACAGUGCAGAUGAUGUUUAAGCAAGCUAAAUUCAAAAUGGGCUUCGUGGAGGAGGUGCACAGCCAGGUCCUGGAGCUGCCCUAUGCCGGGGAGGAGCUGAGCAUGGUCGUUCUGCUGCCUGAGGACGACACUGACCUUGCCGUGGUGGAAAAGGCGCUGACAUACGAGAAGUUCACAGCCUGGACGGAUCCAGAAACCAUGACGGAGCAGAAAGUUCAAGUUUUCCUUCCCCGCAUAAAGCUGGAGAAGAGCUAUGACCUGGAGUCUUUCCUUCGCAGUUUAGGGAUGACCGAUGCCUUUGACGAAUCCAAGGCGGACUUUUCUGGGAUGUCAGCCAGGAAGAACGUGCCGGUGUCCAAGGUGGCGCACAAGUGCUUCGUGGAGGUCAGCGAGGAGGGCACGGAGGCGGCGGCGGCCACGGCGGUGGUCAGGAACGCGCGCUGCAGCCGCGUGGAGCCCCGCUUCUGCGCCGACCGCCCCUUCCUCUUCUUCAUCAGGCACCUCAGAACCCGCAGCAUCCUGUUCUGCGGCAGGUUCUCUUCCCCGUGAGGAGCUGCCUUGCCCACGGGCCCUCCUUGCCCUCCGCCAGCCCCGCCCAGCGCGGGGUCCGUGGCAAGG